AUGGAGACAAAUUUCGACUGUAAGAUGGUACCUGUUGCCAUUAUUGGGAUGGGUUGUAAUCUUCCCGGGAAGGUUCGGUCCCCAGGACAGUUUUGGGAUCUCAUUAUGAGCAAAGGUAUUGCGAACAACGCAAAGGUUCCAGUAGCCAGGUUCAAUGUUGAUUCAUAUCUACACGAAAACAAUAAUCGCCCUGGUAGCUUCAACAUAUCCGGGGGGUACUUCUUGGAUGGCAGUUUAGUGGAAUUUGAUCCGGCCGUCUUUGAAAUUUCUCCAAUCGAGGCUGCCUGGAUGGACCCACAACAACGUAAGCUUCUGGAAGUUGUUUAUGAAGCAAUUGAGAGUAGUGGCAAUACUCUGGAGCAGGUGGGAAAAGAUGUGACUGGAUACUUUGCUGCUUCCUUUUCUCAUGAUUUCCAACAAAUGGCUCUGAAAGAGCCGGACUUCCGACACCCUUAUACCACCACGGGAAUUGAUGCUGGGAUCCUGAGUAACAGGAUCAGUCAUGUCUUUAACCUGCGUGGUCCAAGCGUAGCCACAAAUACCGCAUGCUCAUCCUCUAUGUAUGCACUUCAUGCCGCGUGCAGUGCCAUUCGGAAUGAAGAAUGUGAAGCUGCAAUUGUUGGGGGGGGGGCAAACCUAAUAUUGUCGGUUGAUCAGCAAAUGAACACCGCAGCGCUGAAUGUAUUAUCACCGACGAACAUCUGCCACACAUUCGAUGAAGCGGCUGAUGGUUAUGGCCGUGCCGAGGGUGUUGGUGCACUUUAUAUAAAGCGCCUAGAUCUGGCUAUAAAGAACGGCGAUCCUAUUCGUGCCGUAAUCAGAUCUACUGCUGUGAAUGCUAACGGCAAAGUGCGCGACGCUGCAAUUACAUUUCCAAGCUUUCAGGGCCAGGCCGAUGUGAUGAAAGCCGCAUACAAUUUGAGUGGCCUCGACCCUGUUCUGACCGGCUACGUGGAAUGCCACGGAACUGGAACUCAAGUUGGAGAUCCGGUCGAGGUGCGUGCGGUUGGCGACACCAUGAGACCUCAUACCGGGGCAGAAUCUCCGAUCUUAAUUGGAAGCGUCAAACCCAAUGUGGGACACAGCGAAGCCUCGAGCAGUAUUUCCACAGUCAUCAAAACUGUGCUCGCCAUUGAACGGGGGGUCAUACCCCCAACCGCGGGUGUUGUAAAUCUUAACAAAAAAAUAAAUUGGUCCGGGCUGCAGGUAAAAGUCGUCACAGAUCCUACUCCCUUUCCCACAAAUCUCCCAAUACGUCGUGUUGGCGUAAACGCGUUUGGCAAUGGGGACGAGAACAUCGAAAAUUUAAACCGACCAUACCUCCUAGUUUUCUCUGCUCAUGAUCGCGAGACCUUGGAAAGGAAUAUUGAUGCACACGCUCAGUUGAAUUUUGGUCUGGCUAAAGGACAGCCUAUGUUAGACCUUGCAUAUACUCUAGCCUGUCGCCGUACCAAGCUUACUCGUCGUGCUUUCGCUGUAUGUCGCAAGGAAUCUUAUGUGAACAGUCUUAGCAGUGCCCUCGAAAACGACCAUGCCGAAAAAGGCCCAGCAACAGUUGCUCUGAUAUUUACAGGUCAAGUCUUGAUCGCCAUCUAUCUACCCUACCAGAUCCCCCCUCUUGGAAUAUUGAAGGAGAGCACCGAUAGUCCUUCAGCUCUAGCUUUGGUUGAAGGUCUCAAAGCGAGUGGUGUGAAUGCAGUGGUGUUACGUGCCAAUGUAGCAUCAAAACCACAAAUUUUGAAGGCGAUUGCUUCAAUUGACCCAAAGUACCCAAUACGUGGAGUUGUGCAUGCAGCAAUGGUCCUAAAAGACAAACUAUUUCAAAAAAUGGACAUUAAUAGUUGGCAACAAGUCCUAGAACCUAAGGUUAAAGGGUGUCUAAAUCUCCAUGAAGUCUUCUCAAACAAGACCGAGUUGGACUUUUUCGUCAUGACAAGCUCAGUUUCCGGAACCCUAGGCUCAGCUGGCCAGAGCAACUAUGCCGCAGCGAAUUCAUUCCUUGAUUUUCUCGCUCGUCAUCGAAGGAAACAAGGCCUCACCGGUAUUUCACUCAUCUUGCCCAUGGUCGUCGGUAUUGGAUACGUUGCCGAUCAUGCCGAGAUCGAGACGUCUCUUCGCAGAAAAGGCUUUUAUGGCAUCGAUGAAAGUGAGAUGCUUGCCUCCUUUGAAGUUGCUAUGAUGGCUCACCAGCCGGAAGCCGAUCAUAUCAUCGCAGGAAUCGAGCCUUCUCGACUAGCCAAAGCCAUUUCGGCAACCGAAACAAAAGUAACAUGGCCUCUGGAGCCUCGACUCAGUAUAAUUCUCGCCAAGAUGGAAAACCAAAUCGCGAAUGAUGGCGUCACAAAAAGCAGCAGUAUCCUGGCCAAAAUUGAGAAUUCGUUAGACAAGGAAGAGGCGGUCAAUUGUAUAUCGGAACAUCUCGUACACGGUCUUUCAACGGUGUUGAUGAUUAACAAGGAUGAGAUUAAUCCUCAGGCUCGGGCAAUUGCAAGUUAUGGUUUGGAUAGUAUGAUUGGUGCAGAGUUUCGUAACUGGAUUUUCACGGAGUUCAAGGUGGAUAUCCCAUUUCAGCAGCUGCUUGCUCCCAAUUCGACAAUUGCUAGCUUUGCAGAGAUUUUGUAUAAUCAGACCAAGAAGGUAAGUCUAGAGUAUAGAGUAUAG